UGAGGAAAUAAAAGUUUUGGAGUGGUGGGAGAGGUGUGAGUGGUGGCUGCCUUUGUGGGGUUUUGGAUCUUGGCAGCUACCUUGAUUCCCACACCUUAAACCUCUUUCCACCACACUCCCUGCCACCCUAUUCUCACUUCUUACUGCUACUUCCUCCCUACUUUAACUUUGAAAGGUUUUAUAAAUUGAGGGAAGAUAACAUCAUCACAUAGGUGGUUCUCUAUAAAGAGAACAGAGAAACAGAGAGAGAGAGAAAUUCAGAGGUCUAAGAAGCAGGAAAGAGUAGGAGAUGUCGGACUGGGGGCCAGUGUUCAUAGCAGGGGUGCUCUUCAUUCUUCUCUCUCCGGGACUCCUCUUCCAGAUCCCAGGGAAGCACAGAAUAGUGGAGUUUGGCAACUUCCAGACAAGUGGAGUCUCUAUUGUAAUCCAUGCCAUUAUCUUCUUUGGUCUCAUUGCCAUCUUCCUCCUUGCCCUCGGCGUCCACAUGUAUCUCGGCUCCUAACUAUUGUCAUGCAUGCACCUAGAAUAAAGUCCCAUCUUGGACUUGGUCUCCAAAUGAGUGGUGUUAGCUCAAUGUAAACUUUGCUCCAAAAUCUCAUUUUGGUCCAGUGUACCAUUUUCUUUCCACCAAAAAAAAAAGGGGAAAUCCCAUCUUCGAAUUGAUUCCAAUGUGUGUUUUCUUAGUUCAAUGUAUUCCACCAAAAAUAAAAAAAACAAGAUAACAUCUUGGAACCGAUUCCCAGAUGGGUUCUCCUAGUUCAAUGUAAUCUUUCCUCACCAUCAAAAAAAAAAAAAAUCAUUGUUCAGUCAUAUUAUCACUUUGUGUUUUAUGA